AUGGCCGAAACCGCGAGCAACGCCGACUCGAACCAACAGAAACUGGGCGCCCCCAAGGACAAGAACUGUCAAUAUUGUGGCCAGGCGUUCACCUCCUCCUCUCUCGGCCGACAUCUCGAUCUCUACAUCAAGGAGAAGAACCCCAAGCCCCCCGAUGGAAUCCACGAUGUCGAAGCGAUCAGGCGCGUGAGAGGAGGCAUCACACGGAGACAGCCCAGGGGUUCCACAGGCGGUAGGAACGUCUCAACCCCGGCUGGCACACCGAGACCUGCGCCGGCCAAGCGCGAUGCCACCAUAGACUCCGAGCCGCAGAAGUCUCCCGCCCUUCCAAAGGACGGUCAAUAUGCUGUUGACUCCACGCUGAGCAAGUAUCCCUGGACCCCUUCAUGGGAGGCCACUGGCGUGAUCAACAACAUUCCCCCCAACGGCGAAACCGCCAACUCCACGGACGGGGAGGGCAGCCAGAAUGCUGGAAAGAGACAGAGACAAGUGAGCAAGCAGGUCAUGCAAAAGGCAAAUUUCGAUCAGAAGCACAAGCUCGCCGACGCCAUGGACAAUGCGCGCGCGGCGGAGCUCGCUUUCAGAGAGCUCUACAGUUCACUGAGAGCUGCAAAGCAACAUAUCGACAAUAACUCCAUGCCUUUUGACUUUGAUCCGCUUGCCCUGGACUUUCCUGCAUUAACACUGCAAUGUCUCGCCUCUCCGCCCACCCUUUUUUCCUCAACCCAGCAUCCCACAUCUACUUCCUGGUCUGUGCAGUCGCCAGGCCAAAGAGAGUAUGAUGCAUUGCGGGCUUUCUUCCAGGAAGAGUUCAGCAACUGGAAGAUCAAGUGCGCGACUGCUACCACGGCAGCAGUGGAGGAGCUGACGUACCCUCCCCGAGAUGGACCCUACCGGGACGCUCGUGAGGCUGUUAAGAAGGCCGAAAAGUCUGCCGAGAACCUUGAGAAGCAGGUCACCGAACACUUGCAGUCGGCAUUCACUGUCUGGAACUCUCUGCCCGUCCAGAGGCGUAACGAACUAUGGCUUUUGGAAAUGGCGAGGAGUGUGGGCAGAAAGCAGACGGAGAUCAGCAAGAUGAAAGACGCGCAACACAAGUUGGAGCAGGAAAACGCUCACUUGAAGUCUCAGAUCGACCAGCUAAAUCGCCUACAACAACCACGGGAGUUCAAGCUUUUCGCCCCUACCAUGAUACCCUUUGACCGUCACCACAUAGCCCACGUGUUGGAGAAUGGUGUUAGCGGCAUCGGCCGCAGUGUUGGUUUGCGCCUGGAGGACAGGCAUUCGGACAUCAACGAAGUUGUUGAAAAGAGUAUUGGACGAUGGAAGACUGUCAUCGCAUCAUCUCGUGUCGCCAGUAACGGUAUGAAUGCGCAGAGAUCUUUGGACCAGACGAACAGCAACACACCCACCCCGACCCCGACUCCCCAACAGCAACAGCAACAACUCCAGCAGCAGUCACAGCAACAAUUGCAGCCGCAACCUCCUCAGCAGCAGCAACAGCAACAGCAGCAGCAACAACAACAGGUUCAGCAGCAGGUGCAACAGCAGAUGCAGCAACAGGUCCAGCAGCAGCCUAUUGCUGUACAGCGGCAAUCGACAACAAGCACCAACGGCCUUAGUGACCAAGGUGCAUCGAUCAGCGGUCCGCCUUCGAUCGACGAGAACAGCGAUCAGGAUGCUGAUGCCGAUGCCGAUGCCGACGCAGAGAUGGAGGAUGAUGACAGUUUCGCAGUCAUGAACACGCCAACCACAAAACCCAUGCAGCCGGUGCAACGACAAGCCACUCUCGAUGUUCCUCGGACGAGACCGGUGCAGAGGGGUGCGAGUGACGCGCGGUUCGUGCAGCAGAACGGAAAUCCGAAUGCGAAUCGGGGCGCAAUCAACAUGAGUCGGUCAAUGCCCAAUAUGCAGGCCACGAUGCAGGCCAUGCACGGCGGCGACAUGGGAAUGGUAAUGUCCCAGGUACGGGGGGAUCCGAUGUAUAUGGAUUGA